AUGGUGAUAACACCCGCAAGUGACGGCUUCCCCGCAGAUACGGCAACGAUCAAGAUCAAGAAGUUCGCAGGAGGAUCCCCACGUGAGUGGCUUCGCUGGAGCAACCAAUUUCGUCGCCUCGCCCGAAAGAAGCAGUGGACCGAUGAGCAGAAGGCACACAACAUGGUCGCGCUUAUUGACGGCGACCUUGCAACGGAAGUCGAAGUGAUAGCUCAAGACGCAGUUGAGCACGGAAGGACUUUUGAACAGUUCUUUACGGAUGUGGGAUUACUAUCUGUCCCGCACGACUACAGUGAAGACUUGGACAACGAACUGUGGACAAUGGUGAAACGACGAGAUGAGACUGUGCUCAAAUUCUCGCAGCGACUCAGAGAAAACAUUCGGUUGUUUGCUGAGCUGCCACAGAAUGCUGAAGAAAUUCCGGAGGUUCAGCAAUGUCGCUACUUCAAGCGCGGAAUGCCCUAUAGAGACAUGGUAUACUACUUAUGGCAUUGUUCACACCAAAGAAGGACCACACGCUUCGCAGCUCAGAUUAGUAGAGCUGACACACCAAAUGUUGAUUGGAAUUGUCAAAAAAAUGAUGACUCAGUAUGGACUACCAAGGCCUUUUUGGGUAUACGCAAUGACAAAUAUGGCAUGCAUUACUAA